AUGGGUGAGAUGGCACAAGAGGCCGACCGUCCUGACUGGGACAACCUCUCGCUCUUGCACCGCAACGCCUUGAAGCCUCGUGCCAACUUUCACCUGUACAGCACCGAAGACGAUGCUCUCUCACGAGACGUCGCAAAGGCCAAAGCACAGUCUCUCGCAGGCACAUGGAAGUUCCAUCUCAGCGACAGCCCACCUAAGGCACCUGCUGGCUUCGAGAAUGCGGCCUUUGAUAUCAAUGACUGGAAGGACAUCCAAGUGCCCGGAAUGUGGCAACGGCAAGGACAUGGCAGAGGACCACACUAUACGAACGUACAGUUUCCAUUCUUCGUGGACCCCCCACAUCCUCCGUACACCAACAAUGAGUGUGGCUCUUACCGAACUACAUUCCGUGUACCAGAAGUACUCAAAGAUGAUCAGCUAAGGCUCAGGUUCGAAGGUGUCGAUUCAGGAUUCCACGUCUGGGUCAAUGGCCAAGAAGUUGGCUACAGCCAAGGCGCCAGGGACCCGUCCGAGUUCGACAUCACAGGUUUGGUUGACAUCACCGCCGAGAAUACCUUGGCAGUACGAGUCUAUCAAUUCACAGAUGGAUCGUACAUCGAAGACCAGGACCAGUGGUGGCUCUCGGGUAUCUUUCGAGACGUCUUCCUGCUGGGCUUCCCGAAGGAAGCUUGUCUAGAAGACUUGGACGUGCAGACCAUAUUGGACGACGACUAUCGGAACGCCACACUCAAAGUACAAGCCAAGGUGCACGGCACCGCUGAGGUACAGUUACGUUUAUUGGAUUCCAACAAGCAGGAAGUGGUAUCUGCGUCGAAGAAAGCGUCCGGCGAUGCAGGCCAAGUCGAGUGCUCCCUGCCCGUGGAGAACCCAAACAAGUGGACUGCUGAGACGCCCUACCUGUAUAGUCUUGUGCUAUCAGUCAACGGCAAUCAGUACACUUCUCACCGUGUCGGUUUCCGCCAGGUCGAGCUCAAAGAUGGCUUGAUCAAGGUCAACGGAAAGCGAGUAGUGUUCAAAGGCGCGAAUCGUCACGAGCAUCAUCCGCACCAUGGACGCAGCGUGCCUUAUGACUUCAUGAAGAACGAUCUCUUGCUCAUGAAGACACACAACCUCAAUGCCAUCAGAACAAGCCAUCAGCCAAGCGAUCCUCGGUUGUACGACCUAUGUGAUGAGCUUGGUAUCUGGGUCAUGGACGAGGCCGAUGUCGAGUGCCACGGCUUCGAGACGAUUGCCGAUGCAGCACUCUCACCUGAAGAUCAAACCCUACCGUUCUUCGAAAGACAAAAGCUCACACGAGCAGAUGCCGCUAAGUGGACCUCUGACAACCCUGACUGGCAGCAUGCAUACCUCGACAGAGCACAGCAGCUUGUACAUCGCGAUAAGCUACACCCAUCUGUGGUGAUCUGGAGUCUGGGUAACGAAGCAUUCUACGGUCGUCACCAUACUGCAAUGAGAGAUUGGAUCAAGUCGUACGACCCAACCAGGCUGAUUCAUUAUGAGCCCGACCUUGAAGCACAGCAUAUGGACAUGCAUAGUCGCAUGUACCCGCAUAUCGAUGAUAUCAUCAAGUUCGCCCAAGAUAAGUCGAAGAAUAAGCCGCUCGUGCUGUGCGAGUUCAUUCAUGCUAUGGGUACGGGACCAGGCAACAUCAAGGAAUACGUGGAUGCGUUCUAUGAGUAUGAGAAACUUCAGGGCGGCUGGGUCUGGGAGUGGGCCAAUCACGGGCUGCUCACGAAGACUAAAGACGGCAAAGAGUUCUAUGGAUAUGGCGGCGACUUUGGUGACCAUCCGAACGACUACAACUUCGUCAUGGAUGGUGUUCUCAACUCGGAUCACACUCCAAGAAGCGCUCUGAUCGAGUACAAGAAGGCAGUGGAGCCAGUACAGCUUGUCUCUUCGAACGACAAGGUUGCCAAGAUCAUCAACAGGCUAGACUUUACCACCUUGGACAGCCUUCGAUGCAGAUUCUCCGUGACACACGAGGGCCAGGAGAAGGUCGAAUCAGGCGAAGUCAGAAUACCUGAUGGUAUUGGACCCGGACAGAUAGCGAGCUUGGAGCUGCCGUCCAUCUCCUCCGAUCUUGGUUCUUCGGAAGUUCUCUUGGACCUGCAGUUCACCCUCAGAGAGGACGCUCCGUGGGUGAAGGCUGGCCACGAAGUUGCACUCAUCCAAGUACCACAUCGUCCAAUCUCCAGCGUGUGCUUGCCGAGAACGAAAGACCAGCCAAAACUACAAGUCGAAAAGUCCUCGACUGUCCUCACGAUCUCUAGCAAGCAGUCAAAGUGGGUGCUUGACGUAGUGCAAGGACACUUAUCAUCGUGGCACAAAGACGGCAAAGCUGUCAUCACACAACCACUCGAGCCAACCUUUUACCGAGCUUUGACUGACAACGAUGCCCCGCGAGACGGCAAAGAGUGGAAAGCCAAGUUCCUACACAUGGCCACCAUCCACACACGCUCGUCCAGCAGCCAAGCAAACACCGGCGGCACCUUCAGCAUCACCUUCAAGCAAAAGUUCGCCCCUCCAGUCCUCUCCUGGAGCCUCAACCUCCAGACAGAAUACCUCUUCUCCCCAUCCGGCACACUCCAAAUCACCAUCAAAGGCAACCCCCUUGGCCAGAACCUCCCCGCGACCCUCCCACGUAUCGGCAUAACCUUCGCCCUCCCCAACUCCUUCCAGUCCAUAAAAUGGUUCGGCCGCGGUCCCGGCGAAAGCUACACCGACAUGAAACUCUCCCAACCCAUCGGUCUGCACUCCGUCUCCUCCAUCUCCUCCCUCUGGACCGAUCCCGAGUUCCCGCAAGAGUGCUCCAAUCGCACUGAUACGCGAUGGCUUGAGAUUUCGUCUCCUGAGACGAGCAUUACGGCUCAGUUUCUUGAGAAGCCGGACGGCAAGGAGAGGCAUCUUUUCGAUUUCAUGGCGAGUCAUUAUGGUGUGAGGGAUAUUGAUGAGGCGCAGCAUCCGUUUGAGUUGGAAGGUCAGAGGCAGGAGGAUGUGGUUUUGAGGCUGGAUAAGGCGCAUCAUGGGUUGGGGACUGGGUCUUGUGGGCCGAAGACGCUGGAGAAGUAUGCGCUUAAGACGGAGCCUUUUGAGUUUAGUGUGGUGCUGUACUAG